CAGUAGGCAAGCAAACAAUGGCUAUGAUUGGGAUUGUAACAGAAGAAUUCAAAGAAGAAUACUAUGACUAUUGGAAAACAUGCUUAAAAAGUUAUCUAGUUGGUCAAGACUUAUGGGAUGUGGUCACUAGCGAAGCUGAGGAGAAAGAGAAGUCACAAGAAUGGCAAAGGAAGAAUGCUCAGGCUUUGCAUGCUAUUCAACUCGCCUGUGGAUCACAAUCUUAUGCCAAGUACAAGAAGAAAGCACAUGUGACCGCUAAAAUAGCAUGGGAUCACUUGGUUGAAAUGCGUCCUAUCCCACAACUUUGUGGGGUUGCACAUGAUCGACAAGAUGCAUCUGAUUUUAAAGAGUCCCAUCCAUAUGAAGACCUAUACAACGCUAUUCAAGAUGGUGAAAUCCAGCAUGUGAAUGAAAUCCUUGACAAGGACCCCAAAGCUACAACAGCAAGGGUAUCUUCACAUGGAGAUACAGCUCUACAUAUUGCAAUCCUCUAUGGAAGAACACAUAUUGCACAAGACUUGGUAAAUAAGAUGCCACCAGAGGGAUUAGAAAUUAGUAAUAAGUUUGGUGCGACUCCUCUCUCCCUAUUUGCGGCGAUGAAUGAAAACAUAGAACUGGCUAAAGCCAUGGUGGAAAAGAAUCAUAAUCUGGUUUGCAUAACAAAUGGAAAUACGGACCAGAGUUCCCUUCCGAUAAUUGUGGCAUCAAGGUAUGGUAGAAAGCAAAUGGUUCACUAUCUCUACCCCGAGACUCCAAAACAACUGCUAAACGGACCGGAUGGGGUGAUGCUUCUGAAUUAUUUGAUCACCGCAGGAUUCUUUGAUAUUGCUUCCAAGCUACUCAACUUGUUCCCAAAUCUAAGCAUCAUGGCGGAUCACGAUGGCGAUUAUGCUGUUCACAAAUUGGCACACAAGCCUUCAGCAUUUGCAAGUGGAAGCAAAUUUCCAUUUUGGAAAGAAUGGAUCUAUAAUCGUGUGUGUAGAUAUUCUCCAAGGGAUCUUGACAUCAAAGGAACUAGAGGAACAAAUGGCUCUCAACACAAAAUCAUUGCAGGGACAAAUGUCUCUCAACACGAAAUCAAUAUCUCUGAUGAAGAAGUCAUCAGCCAACCUAGCUUACUACAUCGGCUAUGUUGGAUCUUACUACAGUUUUUCGUGCCCGAUAUCAAGAAUUUGCAUGACAGAAAGUUAAUAAACCAUGAAGCAAAUAAACUCCUCAUCCUCAUUUGCAAGGAAAUAAAAGGUGUGAGUGACUCAAAGCUUGACAUGAUGGAAAUAGACAAAGCAGUGAUGACUGCAAUUAAGUAUGGAAUAGUUGAGUUCGUCAAUGAACUACUAAAUUACAAUCCAGACUUCAUAUGGAGGGAAGACAAAAGAGGAAGAUCGAUCUUUUCACAUGCAAUUGUUCUUCGCAACGAAAAGAUAUUUAGUCUUUUUUAUAGAUUGGGAACAAAGAAGAGCAUAGUGGCAAGUCGACACGAUAUAUUUAAGAAUAAUUUUCUACACCUUGCUGCUAAGCUCUCUCCUCCAGCUCAUCUUGAGCAUAUUUCAGGGCCUGCGUUACAAAUGCAGAGGGAACUGCAGUGGUAUAAGGAGGUGGAAAGGUUAGUACAACCCAACUACAAAGAUCAUCUCAAUGAAAGCCAUAGAAAGCCUCGCACUUUAUUCAGUGAAGAACACAAGGAUCUAGCAAAUGAAGGCCAAAAAUGGAUGAAGAACACUGCAGGAUCAUGUAUGGUUGUAGGAACUCUUAUUGCUGCAGUCAUGUUCACAACUGCCUUCACUAUACCUGGUGGGAAUGACGAUGACACUGGCCUACCUGUAAUGUUAAACACCAACAAAACUGACAGGCACUCAUUCUUGGUAUUUAUCAUAUCAAAUGGAGUCGCUCUCUUCACAUCAUCAACUUCUGUGCUGAUGUUCUUAGGAAUUCUCACUGCACGAUACGGAGAGGAUGAUUUUCUUGUUUCCUUGCCCACCAAAUUGAUCAUUGGAAUGGCAUGCCUUUUCUUCUCUAUAGUUACCAUGAUGAUUUCUUUUGGUGCUGCAAUGUUUCUUAUGCUCCAUAAGACGCUACCGUGGGUGUGCAUGCCUCUGGUUCUUAUAUCUACUAUCCCAGUUGUUCUCUUCUCUGCCCUUGAGUUUCCUCUCCUAAUUGAAAUGAUCAUUCGUACCUAUGGAGCUACAAUUUUUGACAAACAUGAUAAACAUGACUCCAUCAUCAAGAAAAUUUUUCAAUGCGUCCUACUACAAUAUAGAGGGCUUUCAACGACCGACAUAUCUAAUGAAGAUCCCCCACAAAAGGGCAAGUCACCGUUAAUCUGUCCGUAAAGGUAUGUCAUCAAACAUAGUGUGGGUAAAUAAAUUACCAAGAGAUCAUUGCCAAGCAUUUCGUUGUCCAAACAAUUAGCAUAAUUAUGAUUUAACUUAAGUUUUUAUGUAAUUAGUUGUAUGAUUGUUUUAACCUAAUUUUAGGUAGUUAUGUUAGUUAA